GCUUGUGUAGACUUCAGUUAAACAAAAGCAGCAGCCGCAAGCGGUAAUAAAUCGAUAAUAAAGCGGCAAAACCCACAGAUAAUCUGGAAUAAAGAAAAAAAAAUAAACUAAAUAAAAUUAACAAAAACGAAGUGAACGAGCGGGAUAGACAAGAGAUUACGAAUUUUGUUUAUAAGAAAUUAAAUCCCAGCACCGAUAUGUUCCUUUUGCGGCUGUUAUUGGUCGCCCUUGCCACCGUGGCCAUUGGGGUGAUGGCAUUACCUCAACAAAACUCUGCCUAUGAUCCAGAAUUGGCAAAACUGGUGGAUAAUGUCUUCAACUCACAGAAUCCACAACAACAACAACAGCAACAGCAGCAACAACAACAACAACAGCCCAACCCUACCCGGGCGCCAAGUGGUUUUGCCCAAAUUGUUACCCCCGAUCCGAAUGGUGGUGCCACCAUAACCGGUUCCAUUAGCGGCAAACAGCUGUGCAACUGUGUACCAUAUCACAUGUGUGACCCAUCCUCCAAUUCCCAGGUGUCCAAUAGUGGCCAAGUGGAGACACCCACCGAUGAUGUGUCGCUGCUAAUUGAUAUUCGUUUCAAUGCCGACGAUCCGGUGUGUCCACAUUUCCUUGAUGUCUGCUGCGACGGGGAAAAUACCCGGGAUAAUAGCAUCAUGCCCACACCGCAGGAACAAAAACCGAAUCGUCCCAAGGGUUGUGGUAUACGCAAUGUGGGUGGUAUUGAUUUCAACAUCACCGGAGCCUUGGACAAUGAGGCCGGUUUUGGUGAAUUCCCCUGGACUGUGGCCCUUUUGAAUUCGGGCAAUUCCAGCUAUUUCUGUGCCGGUUCGCUGAUACAUCCCAGCGUUGUAUUGACCGGUGUCCAUUGCGUGAUCGGUCGUCCUUUGAAUAGUUUCAAAAUACGUGCCGGCGAAUGGGAUACCCAAACGACCAAGGAACGUUUGCCUUACCAGGAGACCAUGCCAGCCAAGGUGCUGCAGCAUCCGCGCUAUAAUCCCCGCAAUGUUGGCAAUGAUUUUGCUUUGAUUAUUCUACAGACACCCUUUACGCUGGGUGAUCACAUCAAUGUGGUUUGUUUGCCCCCCGCGAAUAGUGUACCUACGGAGGGUACCACCUGCUUCUCCACCGGCUGGGGUAAGGAUCAAUUUGGUGCCCAAGGAAGAUUUAGUGCCAUCAUGAAACGUCUGCCGUUGCCGAUUGUGGAAUUCAAUCGGUGCCAAUCACAAUUCCGUACAACUCGAUUGGGACCGAAUUUUGUGUUGGAUCCCUCGUUCAUUUGUGCCGGUGGCCAGGUGGGUAUUGAUACCUGCCAGGGUGAUGGUGGUGCUCCGUUGGUGUGUCCCACAGGCCCUCCCUCCGAGAAUCGUUAUCAACAAAGUGGCCUUGUUGUUUGGGGCAUUGGCUGCAAUGAUCCCAUUCCGGCAGCUUAUGCUCACAUUGGAUUGGCUCGCAGCUGGAUCGAUGAACAAAUGUAUGCCCACAAUUUCGAUACCACUUCGUAUAGCGUUUUUUAAAUGAGAGAAUUUAAAAAAAAUGAAUAAAAUUGAGAUUGAAAAAUGUUCCAUUUCUUUUCAAAUAAAAGACUAACAGAGCUGAGAAUCCGUA